UUUCUUUUACUUUCUUUGAUUCCUCCGCUUCUCUUUUUCAUUUUCAUUUUCAUUUUCAUUCCCCAACCUCUUAACUCUCUCUCGCUGAACAAAAUCAUAUUCAUGGGUUAUCUCUCUUGCAAUGCUGAGUCUGCCAUUAAAACAUGUGAUCCCCACUGUUGGGAUCUCAAGAAAAAAACAAUAACCCGCAAACACACUCUCAGGAAGUUUCACUACAGGGAUCUCGUCGCCGCCACAAACGGUUUCUCCGCCGAUAGUUUCUUAGGCAAAGGCAGCCACGGCAGGGUCUACAGAGCCACCCUGGACGGUGGCAACCUCGUCGUCGCCGUCAAAACAACAAAGCUAUCUUCCAAGCCUACAAGCUCACGGAACCACGCCACCAACUGCACCGGUUGCGGUAACUGUACCAGCCCCGCAGAGAACGAGAUCGAGAUUCUAUCCCAUGUACCAAGCCCUCGCCUCGUUAACCUCAUCGGUUUCUGCACAGACCCAAACGGCAACAAAUUAAUUGUCGUCGAGUACAUGCCAAACGGUUCGCUCCACGAUCUAUUGCAUUCGGCUACUCGACCGCCCGGUUGGACCCGCCGACUCCGGUUCGCUCUCCACGUGGCGAAAGCGGUUCAGGCCCUGCACUCCUCGAACCCACCCGUGAUUCACCGAGACAUUAAGUCCUCCAACGUUUUAAUCGAUGAGAACUGGAGCGCCAGGCUCGGUGACUUCGGCCUCGCGCUCAGGGGACACGUGGAGGAUGUUCGCGUCAAGUGCACGCCACCCGCGGGGACGUUAGGGUACCUCGACCCCUGCUAUCUUGCGCCGGAGGAUCUGAGCGCUAAGAGCGACGUCUUCAGUUUUGGGAUCUUGUUGUUGGAGAUAAUCAGCGGCAGGAACGCCAUCGAUGUUAAUUACAGUCCGCCCUCGGUGGUGGACUGGGCGGUGCCGCUCAUCAAGCGCGGUGACUUCGCCGGAAUCUGUGACCGGCGGAUUGGAACUCCGUCGGAUCCGGCGUUGAUUCGGCAGCUGGCUGUGCUGGCGGUGAGAUGCGUGAGAUCGACGGCGGAGAAGCGGCCUUCGAUGGCGGAAGUGGUGGAGUGUCUUAAACUAUUGAGGAAGAGGAUUCACGCAUCGCGGAUAUGGAACAGUCUGAGGCGGCGCGUGGCGCGUGUGGAGAGCGUGAGGUGGGAAGAGUAUGAUUGUGAUUGCGAUAGGAGUAGUGAGGAAGUUGUGAGGUUAGUGAAGGGUGGGAGCAGAAGGAACAGGAAAGUAUCCAGUGUGCCAGGUGUAGGGAAUGACAGUGAACCCAUCUCCAAUAAAGUGGUGAGGUCCAAAUCCAUUGGUCCUGGUUUUGUGUCUGUGAGAGGGAGUGAGAUUAAAAUGCGGUUGGAUUUGAAUCCGGAUCUGGGUGGGCACCCGCAACAAACUGGGUAUGGGUUUGAGAGAAGAAAGGCAAAAAUGGGAGUGAUGAGGCUGAACAAGUCCAAGUCUAUGGGGGUUUUGCAAGGUCCUCUAAUUUUACAUAAUGGCAGUGAGAAUAACAAUAAUAAUGAUCCAAUUCAUUCGGCAAUGUCCAAGUUGGUCACUACAAGUAAGUUGGAGAGGAAAAUGCUUGAAAAACCGUUAGUUAACUCACAUUGGGAGUCUGAGUAA